UGCAUCAACUCGAAAAAUUUGUGAUCCUACACAAAAGUGCCGUCAACACUUCGACUCACAACUUUUCAAUCUACAUAGAGAUCGUGGAUAAGAAAAAUAAGUUGUUGAAUAAGCGCGCUUGUGUAUUAAAAUCAACUUUCACACGACAAGAAAAUACGAAAUAAUACUGCAACCCGAAAUGAAUGUUUUCGUUAGAGUUUCUGUUAUAUAUAGCAACACAAAUUCUACGUAAAUGCAAACAAAUUUAUAUCUGAAAGAUCUCAAAUAAAGCUGUGUUUGCUAUUUUAAUUACAUCAGAAUCAGAGUUGAACCAUGCAUAAAACACUUGAACACGUGAUCAUUCUACGUUGCUUUUAAUUAUGUAUAUUCAUUUGCCGCGUAAUUUUAUCUCCAACGUGUAAACAAAAACACAGUACCAGCUAAAUAGUAAAGAUUACAAUUGUUUGGUAAUAACUCUUAUCACACAAAAUUACAAUAGGAACCACUAUAAUAUUUCGUUCAACGAGCACUUGCGCAAAAUAUAUGUAAACAGCUAUACGCGAGCGAACGUGACCGGGCCAGGAUCGAAAUACAUUUUUCGGGCCUUUCUAUGUGCGAGGACCCCCAAUGAGGGUCCUCUAAAAAUUAUCCCUGAGCAUCGGCGUCUAACAACCAUUCAGCUACAUCACAGCUCCGAUCACGUGAACGUUUUGUUUGGAUCUUUUUACAUUUUGUGCCAGCCUCGUGGUGCCAGCCAUAUAGUUGGUUUACCUUAAAACUUAAAUAGAGAAUAAAAAAUGGACAACAAUAAAGAAAAAUUAAUUGGAAACGGAAGGGGGAACCUUCUCCUAAAAUUGAUAAAGGAAAGGAAUAGAGCAGGGAAUGAAGCUGCUGCUGCUGCUGUCGCCAGUGCUAGCGAUAUUCCUACUGUCUUCCCAAUCCAAUCUUUACCAAGUUCGACCAGAACCUACAUACCAGAACCUAUAAUUAGUGCUCCUAAGCUUACAAUGAGUCAAGGGAGAGCCAGUUUACUAGAUAUGAUUAAAGCAAGAAAAGCUGCAGCAACAAACCAUCCACUACAAGUAACUCCACUUCCACAAGCAACUCCACUACCUGAAACAACUCUGCCGUCACAAAUAAUCUCAUCACCACAAGAAAUUCGACCUUGUAUAGGUAGGGGGUCGAUACUUAAUCAAAUUAAGAUUGCUAGUUCAGUACCUCAAACUCCCAUAAGACCACAUAUUCCUGGAUCAUCUGAUGAUAAUACAGCAGUAUUUGAUAAAUUAUCGGAUAUAACACUUGAAGACACUGCCAGUUCAUCUGAAGUAUCAUCAUUCCAAUCACCUAGGCUAGUUCCUCAACAAGGUACAAGUGGAAAAUCAAUACAAUUGAGCGCAAACUAUAUAAAUCUCAAAUUGGAUGCCGAAAAAGGAUUAUUCAAUUAUGAAGUUAAAUUCUCUCCUGACAUAGACUCUAGACCACUUCGUAGGAAACUUCUUAAUCAACAUAUAGAAACUCUUGGACGAACAAGAGUAUUUGAUGGAGUUACCCUCUGUUUACCCAAAAAAUUAAAACAGGAUAUCAAAAUUUUAACAUCUACACAUCCUAUGGAUCAGUCAACAAUAACAAUGACUCUAAUAUUUAAGAAACAACAAAAUAUGGGUGACAACAUUGCAUUCUUUAAUCUAUUACUCGGUCGUGUUAUGCGAGCCCUUAGCUUAGUUCGUAUUGGCCAACACAAUUUUAACCCUAAAGGAAUACGUGCAAUACCGCAACAUAAGUUAGAAGUAUGGCCUGGAUAUGUUACAUCUAUUAGUGAAUAUCAAGGAGGCUUGAAAUUGUGUUUAGAUGCGAAGCACCGUGUUAUGCGUACAGAAACAGUUCGUGACAUCAUGAUGAGCUUCGGACAGAAACCAAAUUUCAGAGAUCUUGUGACGAAAGAAAUAAUUGGAUUAUCUGUAUUUACAAGAUACAAUAAUAGAACUUAUCGUGUGGACGAUAUUGCAUGGGACAAAAACCCAACAUAUGUUUUCGAAAAAGGAGAAGAUAAAAUAUCUUUACUAGAUUAUUAUAAACAGCAUUGGAACCUACAAAUACAAGAUGCUAAACAGCCGCUAUUAGUUAAUUGUGCAAAAAUUAAAACAACAACGGGACAAACGCAAGAACAAAUCGUACUUUUAGUUCCCGAGCUAUGUUACAUAGCAAGUUUGACUGACAGUAUUCGUUCAGAUUUUAGAAUAAUGAAAGAUUUAGAUGAAGUGACAAAGAUGUCGCCUAAUGCACGUCGUGAUGUACUUAAACACUUUGUACAAGAAGUACAAAGUAAUGAUAUUCCAAGAGAUAUAUUAGCUGAAUGGGGUUUACGUUUAGAAAAUGAAUUAGUUAACUUUAAGGGAAGACUUUUAGAACCUGAGGAAAUUAUUUUCGGACGAGAUAAACGGUUUAAAUCGCUACCUCACAAAUCUGUAGACUGGGGUAACGUAGUCUCUAGAAAUCCUAUGUUACGUACUACGGAUUUAAAUCAAUGGUGCAUCUUACAUUGCCAAAAGGAUACUCGGUCUACACGCGAAUUUAUCGAAAUGUUUAAAAAAGUAGCAAAAGCAAUGGGUAUGACUACUACGGAACCGCAAAUAAUAUGUCUACGAGAUGACAGGACAGAAAGCUAUGUGCAAGAGCUGCGCAGGAAUAUACAACGUAAUAUAAAUUUAAUGGUUGUAGUGUUUCCUACUAACCGUACUGACAGAUACUCUGCUGUAAAGAGAAUAUGUUGCGUAGAAAUGCCAGUGCCUUCUCAAGUGAUUAUAUCAAGAACUAUUAGCCGCGCAGAUAAGUUAAAAAGUAUAACGGAAAAAAUAGCUUUGCAAAUCAACUGCAAAUUGGGUGGAGCUCUUUGGACAUUAGCUAUUCCAAUGGAGAAUUGCAUGAUAUGCGGAAUAGAUGUGUAUCACGGAGGAAUUGGUCAAUCCACAAAAGGAAGUGUUGCAGGUUUUGUAGCAAGUUUAGAUAAAUUACUAACGACUUGGCACAGUAAAAUUUGUCUACAAGGUCGUCAUCAAGAAUUGAUGGACAUGCUUCAAGUUUGCAUGACUUCAGCACUGAAAGCUUAUUAUAAGCACAAUAAACGUUACCCAGAUCGUAUCAUCGUAUACCGAGAUGGUGUUGGCGAUGGCCAAAUUGAUACUGUUGGUAAAUAUGAAGUAAAACAGUUGUUAGUGACAUUCAAAAAUAUUGAACCGAAUUAUCAGCCAACGCUAACCGUUAUAGCGGUCCAUAAGCGUAUUAAUACGCGAUUAUUUGCAACAUGUCCCAGAGGUUUGGAGAAUCCAUUGCCAGGGUCAGUCGUAGAUACAUGUAUAACCCGAUCUGAGGUCUACGAUUUCUUUUUGGUGUCACAGAAUGUACGAAUGGGCACAGUAUCACCGACACGUUACAUCGUUGUUUAUGACAAUAAAAAUAUGAAGGCUGAGCAUAUACAACGAUUAACGUAUAAACUCUGUCAUUUGUACUAUAAUUGGCCCGGUACUGUAAAAGUACCCGCCCCUUGUCAGUAUGCUCAUAAGCUCGUCUCUCUUGUAGGACAGAACAUACAAAUGGAACCGCAUCAAUGUCUUUCUGAUACAUUAUUCUACUUAUAGAUUACUUUGGUUUGUACAUAAUCAAUACUAUAAUUUAGUUCUAUAUUUGUACAUAUAAUACUAUCCACAAAAAUAUAAAAAGGGCAAUAACUCAAGAAUAGAUCUCCAUUUAAUUUAUUACUAGACUGGAUUUUAUGCAUUUAUAUGUACAAAAUGCAUUUAUGACAAAACUGAGUAAAGUAAAUAUAACUCAGCACAAUAAAUAAUUAAAGCUUCAGUAAUUUCAAAUUAA